GGGCGGGCCUGUUUGCCUCAGGUGGUCUAACAGGCGCCGGAGAGGACCAAUGGCGUGGUCACAUGGCUACGCCCCCCUCCUUCCAAUUGGCUGGCGUUGGAAAGCCGCGGACGCUGCCUGUGGUGUGGGCGAACUGCAGCGGGACUCAGCUGUGGCUGCUGCGCCGUUCGCUCUCCGUUCUUCAGCUCCCUUCGCUUCUACGCUGUCCGCCGCCGCCAUGGCCCAAGCUGAUAUUGCACUGAUUGGACUGGCUGUCAUGGGCCAGAACUUAAUUUUGAACAUGAAUGACCAUGGCUUUGUGGUCUGCGCUUUUAAUAGGACGGUCUCCAAAGUUGAUGAUUUCUUGGCCAAUGAGGCAAAGGGAACCAAAGUAGUUGGUGCUCACUCCUUGGAGGAAAUGGUCUCCAAGCUGAAGAAGCCACGACGGAUCAUACUGCUUGUGAAGGCUGGUCAAGCUGUUGAUGAUUUCAUUGAAAAAUUGGUACCAUUGUUGGACAGUGGUGACAUCAUCAUUGAUGGAGGAAAUUCUGAAUACAGGGACACCACAAGACGAUGUCAAGACCUGAAGGCCAAGGGGAUCCUGUUUGUGGGGAGCGGAGUGAGUGGUGGAGAGGAAGGGGCCCGGUAUGGCCCAUCACUUAUGCCAGGAGGGAACAAAGAAGCUUGGCCCCACAUCAAGGCAAUCUUCCAAGGCGUUGCUGCCCAUGUGGGAACCGGAGAACCCUGCUGUGACUGGGUGGGAGACGAGGGGGCAGGCCACUUUGUGAAGAUGGUGCACAAUGGGAUAGAGUACGGUGACAUGCAGCUCAUCUGUGAGGCCUACCACCUGAUGAAGGACGUUCUGGGCAUGGAGCACGAUGAAAUGGCAAAGGCCUUUGAGGAAUGGAACAAGACAGAGCUAGACUCAUUCCUGAUUGAAAUCACAGCCAAUAUUCUCAAGUUCCGAGAUACCGAUGGCAAACACCUGCUGCCAAAGAUCAGGGACAGUGCGGGGCAGAAGGGCACGGGGAAGUGGACUGCCAUCUCAGCCCUGGAGUACGGGGUCCCUGUCACCCUCAUUGGAGAAGCAGUCUUUGCUCGGUGUUUAUCCUCUCUGAAGGAUGAGAGGAUUCAAGCUGGCAAAAAGCUGAAGGGUCCUCAGAAGACCCAGUUUGAAGGUGAUAAGAAGUCAUUCCUGGAGGACAUCCGGAAGGCUCUCUAUGCUUCCAAGAUCAUCUCUUACGCUCAAGGCUUUAUGCUGCUCAGACAGGCGGCCACUGAAUUUGGCUGGACCCUCAACUACGGUGGCAUUGCCUUGAUGUGGAGGGGGGGCUGCAUUAUCAGAAGUGUAUUUCUAGGAAAGAUAAAGGAUGCAUUUGAUCGAAACCCAAAACUUCAGAAUCUCCUCCUAGAUGAUUUCUUUAAGUCAGCUGUUGAAAACUGCCAGGACUCCUGGCGGCGGGCAGUCAGUACUGGUGUCCAGGUGGGCAUUCCCAUGCCCUGCUUCACCACUGCUCUCUCCUUCUAUGAUGGGUACAGACACGAGAUGCUGCCAGCCAACUUACUCCAGGCGCAGCGGGAUUACUUUGGGGCCCACACCUACGAACUCUUAGCUAAACCGGGACAGUUCAUCCACACUAACUGGACAGGCCACGGUGGCAGUGUGUCAUCCUCUUCGUACAAUGCCUGAUCACACUCUCUUACCCACUGUGAUUCCACAGACCGGGCCCUUCCGUUUGCCACACAGCACUGCUUACAUGGCACUCUGCCCUACUUUCCCCUCAGAUCUUUAUAAUAAACUGUUGUAAGACACCCCUCUAAAAAAGUCAAGCUGAGUCUAUUUGUAAAGUGGUUCUGUGAGAACCAUCAUGCCCCCUGACCUUGCUCCUUGGGGCUGGCUAGGAAUUUAAUCAUGUGAGCGACGGCCUGACCCAGUUCCCUGAAGCGGUGUUUUCGUGGCCUCCGUGGAUCAAAGAGGCGCAGGAAGUCUGCCCUGAGCGAGGCAGCAGCUCUGGUCACAUAGAUGGGAAGGGCUUUUGUGGCAUUUGAUCAAACUGGAACUUUUGUAUCAUGCAGCUGAAUUCCUCUUUCUUUACUUAAUAAAAGCUACAUUCUACUUA